AUGACGGCAGUAUCAAAGACAAAUUCAAAAGCUCUGCAAUUAAUUCAACAAUGUGCACACCGUUUACGUGCGAAUACACCUGCAGAUUAUGAUCCGAUUCUCGCGGCAAUUGGUGAUGCGCGAGUCGUGAUGAUCGGCGAAGCUUCACAUGGAACGCAUGAGUUCUAUGUGCAUCGCGCGGAAAUUACAAAACGACUGAUACAGGAGAAAGGUUUUACAAUAAUCGCAUGCGAAGCUGAUUGGCCACCGGCAUAUCGAGUGAAUCGUUGGGUGAAGGAAAUGUCAUCUUCGUCGAAACUACAAGAUGCGAAUGAUGCUUUGAAGGAUUUUACAAGAUUUCCCGUAUGGAUGUGGCGAAACACUGUCGUACUCGAUUUCAUUAACUGGCUUCGAACUCACAAUGAAAGCAAAAGAGAAAACAAGAGCAAAGUUGGCUUCUUUGGCAUCGAUCUGUAUAGUUUACAAUCCUCGCGUGAAGAAGUUCUGAAAUAUUUAGAGAAAGUCGACCCAGAGAUGGCGAAACAGGCGCGUAAAAGUUAUGGUUGCUUCGAAAGAUAUUCUGAUGAACAAGAGUAUGGUUAUUGUGCUGCAACGAAGCUUUCUUGUGGAUGUGAGAAAGAAGCAAUUGAGAUUUUAAAGAAAAUGCUAGAACGUCACGCGAAAAUAGUGGCUGAUAAUAGAAGUAGUGAAACGGAAAUUGAAGAAAGUUUUUAUGCGACAGAGAAUGCAAAGAUUGUUCGCGAAGCUGAGAAAUACUAUCGACAUAUGUUUGAAGGUGGAGAAAUUACUUGGAAUAUUCGCGAUACGCAUAUGGUUGAUUGCUUGCAAGAUCUACUGAAAUACUGUGGACCAGAAGCGAAAGCUGUGGUUUGGGCCCAUAACUCUCAUGUGGGCGAUGCACGUGAAACUGAUUCUCGACGCGCACGAGAAGUGAACAUUGGUCAAUUAGUGCGUGAACGGUUUGGUUUAGGUAAAACAUUCAAUAUCGGAUUUACAACAUAUACAGGGACGGUAACAGCAGCUGAUAGUUGGGAUAUGGAUCCAGAUUUUAAACACGUCCGUCCAUCGCUACCUGAAAGUGUGGAAUAUUUAUUACAUGACGCUCUAACAAGAGAUUCGACAUUGAUGAAUGACGGCCAAUACCUUCUUCUAUUUCGUUCGAAUAAUCCAUCUGUACAAAUCUCGAAAGACUUACACACAGAAUUACAUUGA